CUAAAAACAACACAAGCACAACUCGUUUCACUUCUUUAUCCCUUCUGCAGCGAGGGAAAAUCUUCCUCCAAGGGUUUUGCUCAGGAACAAAAAUGGCAACACUUGAAUCACUACCAAUCUCAUUCUCCCGUCUCUCAUAUUCUUCAAAUCCGCCAUUAAUACUCCCUGCAAGGUUAAAGAUUUCACUUCCCACUUUUACCUCCAAACUCCACCACAAAUCUCACCCAUAUCCCCUUACCAUUUCAAGAAACUUCCAAGUAUUCACAUCGUCAUCACCAUCGUCAACAAUUCAAGAGGUUCCGGUCGAAGAAAACGAGAAAUCGGAAGAACCCCAGAAAGAAGUCGUACAAAAUAGGCUUUUUGUUCUUAAUCUCCCAUGGUCUUUCGUUGUCGACGACCUCAAGAAACUUUUUAGUGAAUGUGGAACAGUAGAAGAUGCCGAGAUAAUAAUGAGGAAGAAAGAUGGGAAAAGCAGAGGGUAUGCAUUUGUUACAAUGUCAUCUACAGAUGAAGCACUUUCUGCAAUCCAAAAAUAUGAUUCUUAUGAAUUAAUGGGUAGGAUUAUCCGGGUAGAGUUUGCAAAAGAAAACAAGAAAUCAUCAUCAUCACCUCCUGCUUCACCUCCUGGAGAGAAACGUUACAAGUUGUAUGUGUCAAAUCUUGCAUGGAGAGUAAGAGCUAAUCAUCUUAGAGAGUUUUUUGGUGAAUUAAACCCUGUAUCAACAAGGGUUGUUUUUGAAACCCCUGAAGGAAGAUCAGCAGGAUAUGGAUUUGUCACUUUUGCAACUAAAGAAGAAGCAGAAUCUGCAAUUUCCACCUUUAAUGGGAAGGAGUUGAUGGAUAGGGCGAUUACUUUAGCAUUUAGUGAAAAAGAUGCUGACAAAAGUGAAACUGAAGAAGAUAAUGCUUCUAAUGAACAACCUGCUGAAUCAUAGUUUGUUGAAAACCAAGUUUGACUUGGAUAAAAUUUUCGGUAGUUUGAGAGAUUAUAUGAAUGAUUAGUUGAUUACACAGAUGUUAUGAUCAAUGACAAGUU